AUUCGAACUGAGGCAAGGUUGCUAUCAUAUAUUGAAAUGUUUUAACAUCAUUGGAAUGUGCUGUUUGCCAUGGACUUGUUAAGGGAACUUAAAGUGGCACUUUGGAAGAGCCCAAGAAACUUGUUCCUGCUUCGGUUGCUCAGGAGGUCAAAGGCUUGCGUAUGUGGUCAUGGAGAAGGAUAUCUCCACAUCAGGUGACCUUCAGAAAGAUUUACGAGCCAUAUGUGGGGUCAUAAAGAAGUGGAUAACCUGCUUUCCGCGCGCAGCUCUCUCCAGUUUUAAUUGAUUUUGGGGCACGCCGACCGGGCCUGUUUUCCCAUUUAAAAACAAAAAAAAAAAACGAUGGCUAUUUCUGCGAAAAUCAGCUUCACUGUGAGGAGUAUUUUGGAUUUGCCAGAGCAUGACGCCGACGCAGAACCUCAGCGCUCUCCAAGGCUCACGCGCUCCACCGGCAGCUACUCCUCCUGGCUGGAGAGCGACCCGGGCCACUGCUUGUCCUCUGAUGAGAGUUGCCCGGAGACAUUACCAGAUUCCACCAAGAAAUCCGAGCUUUCUUCCGAAUGUGAGGCAGAGGAGAAGAGGAAGAAGCGUCGCGUGUUGUUUUCCAAGGCCCAAACCUUCGAACUCGAGAGACGCUUCAGACAACAGCGCUACCUGUCUGCGCCGGAACGAGAGCAUCUCGCGCACCUCCUCAGCCUUACCCCAACGCAGGUGAAGAUCUGGUUUCAGAACCACAGGUACAAAAUGAAGAGAGCUCGGACGGAGGGAUCCCCAGACAUCAAUCAGCCCCCCAUGGUGCGCAGAGUCGUGGUGCCCAUUUUGGUUCGAGACGGCAAGCCAUACACCUGCAUUAUCGACCCAGACAAGACAGGCUGUAGCAUCCCGUUGGUAGCGACCGCAGCAUCAUUCAGCAACCACGGGUACCAGUCUUUUCAGCAGUCGCCACUUGCACUGUUUCCCAGAUAUCAGCACUUAACCACCCCGGUGGCCUCCAGACAGCACUGGGCUUGGUGAAACUGAAUUUGAGAACAUUUGAGCGUGGUGCGCACACUACGGACUAUUCAAAAACUAUUCGAAACGAAGCUUCAAGAACCAGUGCGUGGCUCGACACAAGACCCUUCUUCUUUUUGUGACCUUGCUCACGUGUUUUUGGCAACUUAAUGAAAAAAUGUGAAAAUCUAAGCUCCUUGGUUUGCUGGAUGAGAACUAUUUUGCACAUGCUUUAUUAAUAUUUUGACCAGAAGGAGACAAUAUUCUUGACUUUCGUAACUCGUCAGCCCUUACCUAACUUUAUAUAUUUUAAUGUGAAAUGUGACUGGUCGGAUAUUUUUAAAGAGAUUUUUUUAACGUUUAUGUGCUUGCACAGAAUAUCAUAUUUCUUAUAAUUCCGCAUCACUGUAUUUGUGUCAGAAACAAAAGUAGGCUACCGAAAGUAUGAACGUAUGAAGCAAGCCACUGAUUUUUUUACACUUGACAUAUUUCGUAACCUAUAUUUGCAGUAUUCUUACUAUAUAAAACCAGACGCCCGGUAUUUUAAAAAAGCAUUUUGAGGCAUAUAUUUGUAUCAAUGUUGUACUAUAUGAAUAAA